GUAGAAGUAUAUGGACACAAAAAUAGAAUGAAAUAAAAGGAAAAAAGGAAAAAAGAAAACAUAAAACGCUCAGUAUCUCCGGCUAGUGGAAACCGGACCUCAAGAUCAAAUUAGGGCGCAAAGCCCUGUUGGAGACAGAAGCCAUGGGGAGAAAGAAACUUGAAAUCAAGCCAAUUGAGAACAAAAGUAGCCGACAAGUUACCUUCUCCAAACGACGCAACGGUCUCAUCGAGAAAGCUCGUCAGCUUUCCGUUCUCUGUGACGCAUCCGUCGCUCUUCUUGUCGUCUCCGCCUCCGGAAAACUCUACAGCUUCUCCUCCGGUGUUAACCUGGUCAAGAUCCUUGAUCGAUAUGGAAAGCAACAUGGUGAUGAUCUUAAAGCCUUGGAUCGUCAGUCAAAAGCUUUGGACUGUGGUUCACACCAUGAGCUACUGGAACUUGUGGAAAGGUUAAUACUAACUAAAACUCUUCUCUCCUUUGAUCACAGAGGAAUUAGGGUUUCUUGUCAAUCUAUGAAUAUAUGCAGCAAGCUUGAGGAAUCAAAUGUCGAUAAUGUAAGUGUGGGUUCCCUGGUUCAGCUGGAGGAACACCUUGAGAACGCCCUCUCCGUAACAAGAGCUAGGAAGACAGAACUAAUGUUGAAGCUUGUCGAGAACCUUAAAGAAAAGGAGAAGUUGCUGGAAGAGGAGAACCAUGUUUUGGCUAGCCAGAUGGAGAAGAGUAAUCUUGUGCGAGCCGAAGCUGAUUAUAUGGAGGUGUCACCUGGACAAAUCUCCGACAUCAAUCUUCCGGCUUCGGGUGUAAAACUAUUUCAGAUUUAUGCAGCGUGGGACAGUUCUUCCGGUGGCUGUGGAAUUGGAGGCAUUUUCUCAGGAAAUAACCUAAAGCGCAUACCAAACCUGAGCGAGCCUCGCUCCCAUGUAUCUUCAGCUCUUAUGGCAGAGGCCAUAGCUGUUCGCCUCGCGGUUGUUACAUCCGUCUAUUCAAACGUCCGAUCCCUGGCCGUUCUAACCGAUUCGCUCUCCCUCGUCUCUCUACCGAAGAAGGAAGCCACUCAACCUGAACUGUUCGGUAUCAUGUUUGAUAUCUAUCAUGCUUUGUCGUACUUUGAUCGGAUUUCUUUUCACUUUAUCUCUAGGACCUUUAAUGGCGAGGCUGACUUGGUGGCAAAGUCUGCUCUCACUCUGCUUUCUGUAAACUCCUCUGUUGGAGGAUAACACUUUUAUGUUUGAAUGAAUGAAUGCAUUGUUGUUUGACCAAAAAAACUAAAAAAAAAAAAAAUCUAUGCAAGACACUUU